GAAGAAGAAGGGGAUUUUUAAAAACAAUUAAAACACACACAGAACAGCUAGAGAGAGAGAGUUACGCCUGUUUUCAGGAGAUUGCAGGCCGCCGCCUACAAACCGUUUUAAGCUGCGUUUCCAGACCUUGGCGUCCCCUCGCAGUCCUCAGCACUGCAAUUGUCCUUGGGAGUUCCCCGACGUAGGAUGUUAGUGCUUAGGACUUUAGAUCUCCCUUCACGAACGAAAGCGGGGGCGCGGUUAGCAUGGUGCCUGCCGCCGAAAGGGAUGACACACAAGUUUCCAGUGCCAGCUCAUGCUGUUGCAUUCAAAAUGGACCUUGACAUCCAGUGUGAAGAACUUAGUGGAUCAAAGUGGAAAGAAUUUGUCUCAUCCCUGAACCAGUACAAAACCAUUAGGUUGGAUGACUGCAGUCUAUCAACUCGUCAUUGUGAAGAUCUUUCCUCCAUUCUGAACAAAAACCAGACGCUAACUGAACUGAAGUUGAGUAACAAUGAACUGGGAGAUGCUGGUGUGGAGUUGUUGUGCAAAGGAUUGAUGACACCAAGUUGUAACCUUCAGAAAUUAUGGCUGCAGAAUUGCAACCUGACUAAAGCCUGCUGUGAGAGUCUCCGUUCUGUACUUAGUAGCAAGCCAUCAUUGACUGAGCUUCACCUGGGAGACAACACUUUGGGCACGUCAGGAGUUAAAACAUUGUGCCAGGGGCUUUUGGAUCCCAACUGCCAGCUGGAGAACCUUCAUCUGGAGUACUGUGGAGUCUCAGCAGCAAAUAUGGAGGCUCUCAGCUCUGCACUGCGCACCAAGCCGUCCCUGAAGGAACUCAACCUGAGCAACAACAAGCUCGGGGAUGCAACAGUGAAACAUCUGUGCCAGAGCUUGCUGGGUGCCAGCUGUAACCUGCAAGCGCUACAAUUGGAGUGCUGUGGAAUCACAGCUGCUAGUUGUGGAGACCUUGGUGCUGUGCUUGGCACAAAGCCAUCGCUGACAGAACUCUGCAUAGGUGAGAACAAGAUUGGUGACGCAGGUGUCUCUCUCCUGUGCCAGGGUGUAUUGAAUCCCAACUGCAAAAUACAGAAACUGUGGUUAUGGGAAUGUGACAUCUCGGCUCCUGGCUUGAAGGACCUCUCCAACGUCAUUGGUACUAAAGAGACUCUCAAGGAAAUGAGCCUGAUUGGAAAUGAUCUAAAAGAUGAAGGGAUGGAGUUCUUAUGUCAAGGACUGAAGGAUCCAAAAGCUAAACUUGAGUCACUGUGGCUAAGAGAAUGUGGUUUGACUACGGCCUGUUGUAAAAGCAUUGCCUCCGCUCUCAGCGUGAACAGUGCCUUGAAAGAGCUGCAUAUUGGUGGCAAUCAGCUCUGUGAUGCAGGGGCAAUUCAGCUCUGUGAAGGAGUUCUGAGCCCUGCCUGCAACCUACAGUCCCUCUGGUUGGGACAAUCAGAACUCACUUCUGCUUGCUGUGAGAAGCUUGCCACACUCAUUGUUGGAAAACCAUGUCUACAAGAACUGGAUGUAAGCUAUAGCCACAUUGGAGAUGAAGGUGUGCGGAAGCUUUGCGAAGCAGUGAGAAAUCCAAACUGUCACCUGAAGUAUCUAAUUUUGUAUGACACUUUCUGGACUGCUGAAGUGGAUAAUGAGCUGAAGGCCCUGGAAGAGUCAAAGCCUGGAUUUAAAGUGGUUACAUGAGUGGUGCAACCUUGCCGUGGCCACUUCAACUGCCUUUCUAUUCUGUUGGGAUUCUUUCUGUAAACCAAACGACCAGACCAUAUGAUGGUGGACUUCUACAAUUCCAAAUUUCAUGGAGUUGUGAUGUGCCUAGAAAACCUAGGAAUGUAUUGGUACCUCAGUGGUGAGACAGCUGUGGAGAAAAGUUCUGGAAUUAUCUGCUGGGUCCAGACUACAUAAAAUAAGAAAACAAUGUUGGUGGCUUUCCCACCUCUUGGGAAAUAGUAAGAGCAGCACAAACUGGAAUUCAUCUCCUGUCAGCUGUCAUAAAGCAAUAAUGGUUACAUGCACAUAACUUGGAACUCUUUCAAAGAAAAUAACUAUAUUGGAGACUUUUAGAUUAAUUGGGAAUAAUGUUCAUUUUUAAUUAAACAUUAGAACUCAAUAUUGCCUGUCCCUUAAACAUCUGAUAUUCAUAUUUUCUGCUGAAAGUGCAAUGGGUGAACUUUUGGUAUCUUGAUCAGCAAAUCUAUCUCUGUAGGAAUAUAAAAUAAAUUUUGCUUGCAAAGAUA